UUAAUUGGUACCGAUAUUUCGGAGAGCAUGAUCAAAUAUGCGAAUGAAACAUUCAGUGACGAAAAACGGUUGCAAUACGAGGUAUUGGAUAUUGGAACCAAAAAUUUGCCUAAGAAAUAUAUUUCUGAAUUUGAACAUAUAUUAUCAUUUCACACUUUGCAAUGGUGCAGCGAUCUUCGACAAGCCUUUGAGAAUACUUUAUCAGAUGCUACGACCUAA